AGCGUGGGACGAUGUCUGAGCUCCUGUCCGCCUGCCUGUACUUCCGUUGCCGCGUGGAGGGCGCGAAGCUGCUCCCGACAAUGUCUCGACGCGACGAGGGCAAAUCGAUUUCCAUCAUUCGACCUCCUCCACGUCAUCGCCGGCCUCUCUUCCCCCGUCCUCACCGACGCAGAGAUGGAGGACUCAGAUGACUACGAGGCCACGCGUCAGGAGACAAUCCGACAGAACAAGGAGCUGCUCGCCAGCUUGGGACUCAAUUCCAGCACAAUCCGCAUCGGCUCCCCUCCUCCUGAGCCCAAGCCGCGCAAGCCGUCAGGUCGCAAACGUCAGCAAUCUCAAUCCUCCUCGCCCGGUCCUUCCACCCAACCCCUGGUCCCGACCCGUGAACGCUCUGCGCGCGUAGCUGCUCGAGGGUCACGUCGCGUCUACAAUGAGAAGGACCUCUCCUCCUCGUCCUACCUCAAAAUCAAGCGUGAACCUCCAGCGCCUCGCGAAGGCUCGCGCAAGUCUGGGCGACUGGCUAGUGGAAGCCGUCGUAGGUAUGGCGAUGACAGCGACGACGACAAGGGGAGGCGUGAUUCGCGUUACUACGAGCCCGACACAUCUGACCCAGACUCGGACGACUACGUCGGCGGAUCGCGACCACGUCCCGCUCCACCGGUCAAGAUCAACACAAAGCCCGCGCCGAGGCAGCUCGUCCCAAACGUAAAGGACUCGGCCCGUCCACCGAGGAUGUACCGCCCCCAAGGGGAAGACGAGAGUGACGAAGAGCUCGACGCCGAAGGUCGUGCCAUACGCCAGCCGUUACCUCGUAGGGCGAAAGACGGUUCCAACGAGCUGGUGUUUGAGUCCCACUGGGAUCACUUCAGGCCCAAUCUCACCCCCGAGCAAGUACUACGAGGCGGCGCAUUCGGCGGCACGUACUUCAAGGAGCAUUACUCGCGCGUCCUGCGCUGCGACCUGGACGUCCAAGCAGAGCUGAACGAGAUGCCCGCGCAUUGGCUCAGAGGAAUGGACUUGGGGCGUUUCGUGUACAGCGAAAAUUAUGAUAUUGAGGUCAACCGAUAUAGAAAAAAGGCAGGGCAGAGUCUGGAUGCGUGGGAGGAAGCGGGGUGGAUUGCUAAGAGAGACCCCAGAGGGUGGUUCCAGUGGUGAGUUCGCAACGCAGACUCCCCACAAUGAUCCUUGCUCGCGCGGUGACUUAUUCCUCCACACCUGCCUCUUCGCCAUCUGCCGCAGGUACAUUCACUUCUACCUUGGUCGCCGCAGCACGGAUGAUGCGCGUCAAGUAUCUCGCUGGCAGAAGGCCGUCGGCCAGACGGGCCGCUUUCGACGUGCAGCUGACAAGAGCGUGGCGAGCAGGCAGAUCUGCUGGCAGUGGGCUGUCGAUGCGGGCUACGAGGCG